AACUUUUAAACUAAAAUACUCGGCGUGUGAUUACGGAAAGUAAAUAAAAGUUGGAGAAAAAACAAUGGAGGACGACGAAGGAGGGCCAAGGCUAAGCAAGAGAUUCUCAGACAAAGAUGGUGGUGAAGUAGAUUUCAAGACCAAAGCAGGCACAGCAUGGAGCCAUAACUUUCUGAACCAGAAACCUUGGCACCCUCUCUCCUACCCUAACCAACGCCGCAAAUGGAUCGCCGAACAAACCCAUUCUCAGCGCCACCGCCGCGCCGAGGAAAUCGCCCGCGAGUAUUCUCAAGAGCAGGAAUAUCUCCGGCAGACUUCCCUUCUCUCUCAGAAAGAGAAAGAAAAGGUGGAUAUAAUGCAAGCUGUUAGCUUUAUGUAUGUACGUCCACCGGGUUACAAUGCUGAGAGUGCAAAAGCAGCUGAGAUUGCUGAUGAGAGAAGAAAGCUUGGUGAGAGUGAACCAACUGCUGCUUCUUCCUCUUCAAUGCCCCAGGAAGUUGUAGCUGUGAAGGAAGAGAAAAAGAAAACUAGACCUAAGGAUGUUUUUGGCCGGACCUUACCGACUGAAGAAGAAUUUGCAGUUCUCAAGAAUGCUCCUAGGUUGGAGACUGGAGUUACAGGUAGGGCUAAGCCAUUUGCUGUAGAACUCCGCAAUGUUAAAUGUGUAAGAUGUGGAACUUAUGGGCAUCAAAGUGGUGAUCGUGAAUGUCCACUGAAGGAUGCAAUAAUGCCGAAUGAUGAAAAUAGGCUGAAGAGAGAUGAUCCCUUGACAGCUAUCAUGGCGCAAAUGGAUCCAAGUGAGCCUUUGAAGUGGGAAUUGAAGCAGAGACCAGGCAUCAGCCCUCCACGUGGUGGAUUUCAGCCUGAUGAUCCCAACCAGCAGAUAGUUCCUGAGGACAUAUUUGAUGAGUAUGGAGGAUUUCUCAGUGGGGGAAAUAUCCCGGAGUUGCUGACAAAUUUCUCCUCAAUGACGCAUAAAAAGAAGUCUAAAAGUAAAAGCCAUCAUAAGCAUGAAUCAGUAUCGCAUAGAAAAGAUCACGAAGGGAACAGCUCUGCUUCAGAUGGGGACAAUGACCAAAGAAGCUCAAAGAUGAAAUCUAAAAAUCAAAGCAAACAAAAGAGGUCAUCACACAGACAAAGUCACGAAGGCAACAAUCCUGCUUCCAAUAAUGACAGUAGUAAAAUGAAAGGUAAACGAAGUAGUAGUAAGCAUAAGAAGCGAGAGUUACAUCUGGAUAGUGAUCAAGAGAGUGACUCUACUUCUGAUAGCUAUGAGCACAAAAGGAGAUCAAGAAAAAGGCACAUGCGUAACAAGAGGAACAGAAAAGACUUGUCUCAUUUUAGCAUGUCAGAGGAUUCAAUGGAUGAGAGUUGUCAUGGCAAGAGUCGAUAUAAGGAUUCACAUAGAUAUAGAAAGUCGAAAGUUCCGCAUGAAGUUGGCCCGUCAGAAGGUGAAAGGAAGUCCAGCAGAAAAGGAGAAACAUGCAGGCAUAAGAACACCCACCAAAAUGACUCCGAAUUUAGUAUAUCAGAGGAUUCAGAAUCGGAAAGACAUACAAGGAAGCACAGACAAGCUUAUUCAUCAAAGGUCAUUGAUUCUAAGGAUCAUCAUAGGAGUCUGCGUCAUAGAUGACUUUUUUCUUGAAGAUCAUCUGGUCCUCCUUAAAGUAGAAAGUAGUAUCUGAAGUAUUUGUGGAUAGAUCUUGCAACCAUGUACGUUGGCAUUAAAAGGGGCUUAUAAAGUUGGGAACCAUUUCUUGCAUCUGUGUUGAAGCACCGCCACCUGCAGGCAUUUUUCGCUUUGAAAGGGAAGUAGCAGGUGAAAGGGUUUUUGGGCUUUAUCUACAAAUCAGCUAGUGGAGUGAGUGAGCUUUAGAUGUGUGCUGCACAAGACGUUAAUUGGAUAUUCCUUGGGCAUAGUUGGUUAUGAUCUUUCUCAAACCGUUGUAUUCGAAGCCAGUCGAGAAAAGCUGGCUGUCAAAUGGAUGAUUAAGAGCUCAUCUUUGGUUUCACUUGUUUAAAGUUUGUUUAGUCAAAGUCAAUUAUGGUAGGAAAAACUAGAUGCUGUAUGAUGCCAUUGAACUGCGUUCAGAAGUAAAUGUGCAGCCAAUUGAACGGUGUUGUCUUUUGA